UCUGAACUUUUCACGGCUGGAUCACUAUGGACCCGCUAUGGACGGACACCGGCGCUCCGGUACGGCAUGCAAAUACGUACUCUGACGUCGGCGAUCAUGUGGCUUUUGGCGUAGAUCCUCCUUGUGAUCGCCAAUUUUUUUCCUUUCCUGUCGCCUGUUGUCUGCUCGGCUAUUGGACCGCGGUGGGAGUGUUUCAAACAGCCUCGGCUCGUUUCGUCGGGUUAGCAGUCGCUUUGGGAUUGUACCACACUACCUGAGCAUCGCGCCAAAACGGUGGGCAGGUAGUGUCCUGUCAUGCAUUUCCAGGAGUUCGGCCAGCAGUGGAGCUGACACUGUCAGCGAGACCAGCCUGCAUUAUACUCCUACAGUCUCAUCUCUACCAAACCUUCACCUCGCAUUGCCCUGUUCUCUCUCCAGCCGCUAAUCCUGCCCACAGGGGAGGACUUUUUCCUCUGACUCCUUGGCUGCUCAGUCCCAUCCCAGGUACUGGUCCUGUGGUUGCUACCUCUCCUGUUAUAAAAGACAGUCCAGGCUUGUGUCCCAGUACAAGCCAGGCCCCCUGGCUUUUCUUUGGUACCUUAGACUGUCUUUUCACCCACCACUCUGACUGUGGUCCUGCAUCCUGGACUCCUCAGCCGUAGUCCCCUUCACAACAUCCCUGGCCAAGCACAAGCACCAAGUGAGGGCGGCCGUCCACCAGGACAAACCCAUUAUCCACCAUCAUCAUGUCCAGUCGGCGGAAGGCUUCCAUCCCCUGUAUGAUCCGGCCGGAGCAGACCAUGGUGGAGCUGGAUGAUGAGGCCGAGGAAUCAAAUAACAUGGAGACAACAACAGAGAACCAUGCGGAGGAGGGAGCUAUGGCAACAGAUCUCUCAACAGAGCCAGAACCAUCUGUGGACCUGGACCUAACAGGAAAGGCCUCUGACCCCCCUGCAGCUCCAGACAACCCAGUAACAGAGCCACCAGACAUUUCAAAGCCUCAGCGGAGGCAGCAGGGGGGCUACGAGUGCAAAUACUGCCCCUUCUCCACACAGAACCUCAACACUUUCAAAGAACACGUAGACGCCAACCACCCUAACGUCAUCCUCAACCCCCUCUACCUGUGUGCUGUCUGUAACUUCAACACAAAGAAGUUCGACACCCUGACGGAACAUAACGAGAGGUGUCACCCGGGGGAGAGCAACUUUAAAUUCAAACGCAUCAAAAUGAACAACCAGACAAUCUUGGAACAGACGAUAGAGGGGUACAGUAACAAUGCAGUCAUUUACAACACUUCCAGUGCCCUUUCUGGCAAAGGAGAGGAACUAGGCAAUCUGCCACUCAGCAAACCCACCACAGUCAAGAUCGGUAAACCAAAAAUAAUGUCAUCAGAUCAUAAAAGGACAGAGUCUCAGUUGGGUAAGCUGACCACUGAUCUGGCCAAGAAACCAAUCACAGCGGUUAAUGUGAACGGGACGGUGAUCAUCCCAGAGUCCACGCUGCUCAAAGCAGACAGCCUUUCUCACAUCAUGCCUUCCCUACAGCGGCCUCUAAACUACACCCAGGUGCCGAAGAUUGCAGUGCCCCUCAACACAACCAAAUACAACCCUUCGCUGGACGACAACCUGACACUCAUCUCUUCCUUCAACAAGUUUCCCUACCCAACACAGGCUGAGCUCUCCUGGCUCACCGCUGUCUCAAAACAUCCAGAGGAGCAAAUCAAAGUUUGGUUCACCACACAGAGGCUCAAACAGGGCAUUAGCUGGUCACCUGAGGAGGUGGAAGAGGCCAGGAAGAAAAUGUUCAACGGUACAAUCUCAUCUGUGCCUCAGACCUUCACCGUCGUAACUCCUCAGCUCAACUCCCAAUCAUCCACCAACCUGUCUGCACACAAUUCAGUCUCCAAACACAUGCAGUCUGCAGCCUCUGUCCUCCAGUCCCUCCCCUGUCAGCUCCUGGGACAGACCAGCCUGGUGCUAACUCCUGUGGCUAACGGCUCCACAGUCACGUGUGCGCCACUGGCACUUACUGUGGCUAACCAGGUGGCGCAGUCGCUCAAAAGACCCUUGCCGUCUCCUGUGAUCGCCACAGAGAGUAAGCGACCCUCCAUCAUUCAAACCGUCUCCGCGCCCAUGCCCACAUCCAAGCUGUCACCCAAAGUGCUGAGUUUCACUGUUGACCCCAAUAAAACAGCUGAGCAGCUAACGGUCCUGAGAUCCAGCUACACACAGUGUCCUUUCCCUGAGGAAGAUGAGAUCUACAGGCUGAUCGAGACCACCGGGCUGUCCAGAGGAGAGAUAAAGAAGUGGUUCAGUGAACAGAGGCUCCUUAAUCUCAAAGGUGUUCCUCCACCCCCCGUGUUGGUGAAAGCAGAGGUGACACCGACACCUAAAGACGGCCCCGUGAAGAAGGCGGUCCCCAGCCAGUUCCCCCUGCUGGAGAGGGUGAAGGGGAAGUCAUCGGAACAGCUGAAGGCACUGGAGGAGAGUUUCCAGAGAAGCAGCUCUCCAACCGAAACAGAGCUAGACCAGCUGGCCCAGGAGACCAGACUGUCCAAGACUGAGGUGGACUGCUGGUUUUCAGAGCGCAGGGCGCUGAGGGACAACAUGGAGAAGGCUUUACUCACCAUGGCCUUCAAGAACUCCGAGGACAGAGGAGAACGACCCGGAGCGUUGCUCAACGGUGCCUCUCAUCGCGAGCAGGACGGGAAACCUCUCCGCUCCUCUCCUCAUCCACCCGUCCUCUCCUCUUCCUCCUCUUCCUCCUCCCCCCCUGUGCUCGCAGCCUCCUCCCCUCAUCCGCCAACCCUGUCCUCCUCUGCGUCUCCUCCCAUCCUCACCUCAUCUUCCUCCUCUUCUCCUCAUCCUCCCAUCCUGUCUGCCUCCACCAGCCCAGCUCCCAUCACAAGCCGCUCCCUCACCUUGCUCAGAGAGAUGUUCCGUCGAACUCAGUGGCCGUCUCCUGAGGAGUACAGCCAGCUGGAGGUCCAAACAAGUCUGGGACGUACUGACAUUGUCCGCUGGUUCAAGGACCAUCGCUCAGCACUGAGGAACGGUGAAACCCUGGACUGGAUGGAAGGUUUCCAGAACCAAAACCUCGCCGAGCAGCAGAAAACAGGCCAGGAGCAGAAUGGGAACAGUCCUGAGAAAGUCCAGAGUGUUUCCUCGGAAGCCAAAGCCGCAAACGUGGGGGAGGCUGGUGAGAACACAGCAGCUGCUACAGAGCACUCCAAGCUUUCCGACCAAGACAAAGUCCAGUGGUUAACUGACAGACUAGCUCACAGUGUGACGGACCUGAGCCGGGCCAGACCGGACCAGACCAGUUCCAGCGCUGCCGAAAAAGGGAGGUGGGUAAAGGUGACGGUGGCGGUGGGGGAUGAGAGUGAAGGAGGAUUAGAAAAACAGCGGCUUGCGACAGACACUGACGUUCUGACCUUGGAGCAGCCUGGGAGGGUCACUGGUUGAUGAUAAAGUAAAUCACUGACUGCUGAGUCACCGACCAUCACGUAACAACUCAAGAUGACCAAAAGUGGAACCAGUGAUCUAUCAGUCUGCCUGUGAUGUCAUCACAAAGCGCCAGGGACUUUGUAGUUCCACUGUUUGAAAGCACUGACAUGUGGUGCAGACGCUGACAUUAAGAGGAGUGCCAAAGCUGGACUUGAUGCAUUGUUCUUACUACUACACUUUUUUUUUUUUUUUAAAGAAACAUCCAUGUAAAUAUUUUUCUGUAUUGCAAAAAAAAAGAAGAAAAAAAAAGGUUUGUACAGUUUUACUGGGAGGGCGAGUUUUGUUACAUUUUUUUAAAAGAAAAAGAGUGACUGGUGCCCCCGAAAAACCUGGAAUGUUUUUGUUGUUGUUUUAAGAUCAAAGUGUAUAAUAGUCUGUUAUUUGCUGAAAAUCAGUCCUAUUUUUUUGAAAAUCAUAAUUUGUCACUACUCGCUGUGAGUAGUAAUUGAUGGCACUUGCAUCUAUCCGCGUUGUAGUAAUAGAUAUUCUCAUGCUAGGCCACUUGGAUCUCCAGCUUAGGUGUUCAAACUGUUAAAAGAAUUGUCAGUUCUAUUUUUUUUAAUUUCUUUUUGCUGCGUCACUUUGACUCGUGCUGGUGAAGGAGCGGAAAUCACUCAGAAGUCAGAGUGAAUGUGCUGAGAGUGCACGGCCAGAGAAUGAACACAAGCAGCCACACACACACACACACACACACAUGCAGACCAAGACAAACUGCAUUAGGGCAAACGAAUGAAUUAAUGCACUGUACGUCCUAACUUCUUCUUCUAUCUUCUCUCAUCAGCUGGUGUGCUCUUGCAUCAGCACCGGGCGCAUGUUCAAGAGGCUUUAACAGUACAGAAUGUUCUUUUCUUCUUCUGAUAAAGACAUGAUUAAUCGCAUAGAGGAGAGAGUGUCUGUUCGAUUGCACCGCGCUGCCUUUUUCAGCUUUCUUUUUUUAUCUGACGUGUCCUGCCUGCCUCAGAACUGGGUCGAGUACAAGCUGAUGACGGUAAUGGUUUCAGCUUAUCAGUUCUUUUGUUUAAAAAAACAAACAAAAAAAACAACUUGAAAUAUCUCUUGAUUGAACUUGCCAAGAACAUUGUGGUGCAGAUGUUUCACGCAUGUUAAAAUAACCGAAGCUCCUUCAUUUUUGAUUCAGAUAUCCACUACUUCGCUCAGCUGUGACCUGUGAACACACCUCCUGUCCUCUCUCCCAAGUUUUCAGUAGGUCCUUUUUUGUUUUCUGGGUUUUUUCUCUGAACAAGGCAGGAUCAUUUUAUUUCUGUACAGUCCGUUUAAAAUAACUGCAAUGGAAGUUCAUGAAGUUUUAGGUUGCAGAGAUAAAUGAUCAAACCUGAAAAAACAAAGGAAUUUGAAAUCUUAUGGCAGAUAUCAUUAACUGCUUGCAUGAGCUUCACAAUUUCAUCUUUUUAAACAACAGAUUUAAAGAUUUUAAAGGGAUAUCUGUGUUUUUAUCGGUCAAAUUGCAAACCCCCUUGCAUUGUUUGUGCAAGCACCGAGUUAAGUUUGAAAUUCAGGUGUCAUUUUGAAUUGACCUGGUUUGAGGAGCAGGUUUCUGGCUGUUUGUUGGCUGAAUGUCUAUUGCUGCUGUUUUAGUUUCAUGUUCAGACAAGUAUCUGAGAUACUGUACAUUUGGUUGGCUUGUAUGGAAUACCGCUUGCAUUUUCAUUUUCUACUUUAGGUCUGCUGUAACUCAAUAAACACACAACCAACUGUUUAAAGUCUUGUUCUUCCAGUAUGAACAGCAUGUGUCAAAAUCAGAAACAUGGAUUUGGAGAGGAAGACUGGUUAGGAUCUCUUAUUUACUCAAGUACAAAAUAAUUUUGUAUAAAAUAAGCGAAACAGUGCAGAUCACUUUUUUUACAACUUUACAUUUGGGCAAGUGUGACAGUUACUUUUUCUCUUCCAUGAUGUGAUGCGACAUUUUUUUUAUUAAAUACACUUAAGCAAAUCAAAUCUCACAAUGUUUUAGUUGAGAGUCUAAUAGGACUCAACAGGAAACAUGUUAGUGCAACUCUAAAUACUGCACAUUUAGGGGUCAUGGCACACUUUUUGUAGUAUGUUGCUAAUUGCAGGUUAAAUAGAAGCUCCAGCUGUAUGUGGUAUAUAUACACAAACCUCCCCAUCAUCAUUAACUUAUGUUACUGUAAGUUGCAAUUUUUCACCAUCCUGAAGAAAGAUGUGAACAGUGAGAUAAUUAAACAGUCAGACUCGUUCAUCCUUUCAAUAAACAAAUGUUAUAUUUACAAAAAAACAAAA